AUGUCGACAUGCAAAUUGCUCACCCGCCAAUGGCCUCGUUAUCUACGUUGUCCCACGUCGCGUAUAUCUGUCACAAGCUUCAAUCGUACGGCGUUCCAGACACGACCAGCCCUUCGUCGCGCACACGGUUCUAUCUCCGCCGCGGAGCUUAAAUUCGGUCAACCAUUACACGAGACACACCCCCAUAUACUCAAUCCAGGUGAACUGACGCCCGGAAUUACUGCGCUCGAGUAUGCCCAUCGUCGUUCACGACUCGCAAACCGACUCCCGAAACAUGCUAUCGCUGUGUUGAGCGCUGCGGAGGUUACAUAUCGCGCCUCCGGGAUCUUCAAUGAGUACCGGCAAGACUCCAACUUCUUCUACCUUACAGGGUUUAAUGAGCCCAAUGCACUGGCUAUAAUCGCAAAUGAUGGCUCCGGAGAUAACCACAUUUUCCACCUCUAUGUACGAGAAAAGGAUCCGAAAGCUGAGCUUUGGGACGGAGCCCGGUCAGGCACGCGGGCUGCGAUUGAUGUCUUUAAUGCCGAUGAGACAGGUGAUAUAGAACGCAUUGGAGAUAUACUCCCUCGCAUUCUGUCUGAUGCUACGGAGAUCUAUACAGACAUCCCAGCCUUUAACCCAGGCAGAUCGUCCUUGCAUCGGUAUCUUUACGGACCCACCGGCACAUCUGAACAGCUGAAGAAGGUCGUGGACCAUAGUAAGGUCAGGCCUUUACGACACAUCUUGAAUGACAUGAGGGUGUUCAAGAGCGAGGACGAGGUCGUGCAAAUGCGUCGAGUAGGGCAAGCUUCGGGAAGAGCUUUCACUGAAUCCAUGCGACAGACAUUCACUAAAGAGAAGGAUUUGAUGUCCUUUCUGGAAUAUAAUUUCAAAGUGAAGGGCUGCGACACAAGUGCCUUUGUGCCUGUUGUUGCGGGCGGUUCUGUAUGUGUUGUAUUACAACUAAACCGAACAGAGGCUAACACGUCACAGAAUGCUUUGAGCAUCCAUUACACGAGGAAUGAUGACGUCUUGAGGCUAAUAUAUGAUCAUUCAGGGAUGGAGAUAUGGUAUUGGUCGAUGGGGGUGGAGUACGAAACGGGCACUUACGUCUCUGACAUCACGAGGACUUGGCCCGUUAAUGGCAAAUUCUCCGACCCUCAGCGGGACUUAUACAAUGCAGUUUUAAAUGUGCAACGCACCUGCGUGUCCCUUUGCAGGGAGAGUGCAAACGUUUCCUUGGACAAAUUGCACACAAUCGCAGAAAAUGGCCUUCGAGAUCAACUCCAACAGCUCGGUUUUGAUGUUUCAGGGAAUGUAAGAUCACCCUUUGCUUUUGUUUCACCUAACAUCGAUAUUGACGUCCAUAGGCGAUGGGCGUCUUGUUCCCUCAUCAUUUGGGACUGGACGUCCAUGAUUGCCCCGGUUAUUCUCGAGGUCUUUAAGCUAAUACAACCAAGCGGUAUCUACGUCCCGGACAGUGACCGAUGGCCGGAAAAGUUCCGGGGCAUUGGAAUCCGUAUUGAAGAUAGCGUGUGCGUUGGGGACGACAGUCCUAUUGUGUUAACUACCGAGGCAGUUAAAGAGGUAAGAUCCCUUGUCUCUAUCAAGAAUUCUGUCGACGAUAUCGAGGCUCUUCGAGGAUAA